AUGAACUCUGUUGAUAUAACAGUUCUUGGAGCAGGACAAGAUGUAGGAAGAUCAUGUGUAGUAGUCACAUUUCCAUCCAAAAGAGUGGUAUUUGACUGUGGAGCCCAUUGCGGGUUUGUUGAUCAACGAAGGUACCCAGACUUACAACUCCUGGGAGAUAUUAAUGAAUAUAAUCAUCAGAUUCAACUGAUGGGCUCUGUUAAAAAGGAGGAGUUUGAAGUAAAAAGUGUUCCAGAUGACCCAUUUUCACACGAUUACUCAGAUAAAUGUGCUGUAAAACAGGAAUUCGAUAAGGAUAUUUAUAUGAAAAAUGCAUUACAAAAGGCAUUAAGGAAUGUUACGAAUAGUGUAGAUUGCUCCAUAAUAUCGCAUUUUCAUCUAGAUCAUGUGGGAGCACUCCCAUUCUUAACGGAACACAUAGGAUAUUCUGGGCCGAUAUACUUGUCGUAUCCAACUAGAGCACUAUGUCCUCUGUUACUAAGAGAUAGUGUCCAAGUGACAUCUACCAGAACUGUUCCAGAUGAUCCGAACUCAAUUUCUUCAAUUAACGCCUCAGUUAAAUCACUUCUUAACUCCCAUACAAACGCGACCUUCACCCCUGAUAAGAGAAGGAAGAUAGAAGAAAAAGCCGACCCCUGGGGAUAUACCUUAAACUCAGUAGCAGAGUGUAUGAAGAGGUCAAUUCCAUUACAAUUAAGAGCGACUGAAACUGUUGGAAAUUUAAACCUUGUACCAUAUUACGCUGGUCAUGUACUAGGGGCGUCAAUGUUCUUAUCAGAAUGUGAUGGCUUUAAAGUAUUAUAUACAGGAGAUUUUAAUACAAUUCCAGAUAAGCAUUUGGGACCGGCAAAAGUCCCAACGUUAGAACCGGACGUUUUAAUAUGUGAGUCAACAUACGCAACCUUUGUGAGACAAUCCAAAAGAGCAACUGAAAUGGAACUGUGCACAACAGUACAUGAAACACUAAUAAAUGGAGGGAAAGUAUUGAUACCAGUAUUCGCAGUUGGAAGAGCGCAAGAACUAGCAAUCAUAUUGAACAAUUACUGGAAUAAUUUAUCACUUUCAUUUCCAAUAUACUUUGGAGGAGGGUUGUCAGAAAAGGCCACAAAUUACUACAAACUCCACUCAAGCUGGACAAACAACAAUAACAUAACCAACCUUAGAGAAAACCCGUUCUCACUGCGGAACCUCUUGCAAUUUGAUCAGUCGUUUUUAAACGACAACAGACCAAUGGUUCUUUUUGCAACGCCAGGAAUGGUACACACUGGACUAUCACUAAAAGCCUGCAAACUUUGGUCACAAAAUCCAAGUAAUCUUAUUCUUAUACCAGGAUACUGUGUACAAGGAACGGUGGGAAAUAAGCUAAUAGCAGGUAAUGAAUCACAAUAUCAAUAUCGAGAAAAAAGUAUUAAAACUAACAUUGGAGUGAUGAAUAUAAAGUGCAAAGUUAGAUAUUUGUCCUUUUCAGCACAUGCAGAUUCACCCGGAAUACUUCAAUUGAUCAAACAUAUAAGACCUAAAAACAUCGUUUUCGUACAUGGAGAAUUAGAAUCAAUGAAAAGGUUCUCAAAACAUAUUAAUAGUACACUUAAGAUACCGGUGUAUUAUCCAUCUAAUGGACAAACUAUAAAAUUUACAAAAGAUUCAGAUAAAAAAGAUGUCAGAGAGGUUUACGUACACCCAAACAUACUGAUUCAAAAUGAAAAGGUGGUGUACGCCUUUAACAUUAAUAAUAAUAUUUACUUGUAUGAUAACGAAAAGUUGUUGAAAAUACUAAACACCGAAGAUUACAUGAAUAGAGACGUAGAGAAAAUUGUUAAAUCUGCCAUGCCUAGGAUAAUUAACCGGAUAAAACUGACUUCCACAGUUGACCAGUUUUACAAGUUGACUGAAUUCAUAGCCAAGAUCAUACUAAACUCGAAACUAGAGGACAAAGACUACACAACUAAAGCAAGUUCUGAAGGUAUCUUUAGUGCUUCAACAUGUUUUUAG